AUGGACUCGACAGGGUUUCUUAACAAAAAAAGUCCCCCAUGGACAGAGGCAGCAGAGGUCGUACGUGAAAAUUGGGAUCUUCUCUUCGGAGAGAUGAGAGGUGAAUUUACAGCUCCACGUUCUUCGGAACAAUGCCGGAAGAAAUUUCAAAAUGUAAAAGGACGUUCCAUCAACAAAGUCAGUGGGCUGCGGCAUCCACCAACAGGAGGGGGCCCAUCGGCUGUAUUGUCCGUGGCAGAGUCAUGUGUGGCAGACCAUCUUGCCACACACGAAGUUGUCACGGGCAUUGGCGGAGGAUUUGAUUCAGAUGACCUUGAACAAAUUUUUCGGGCCUCGAAACCGGCCUCAAUGAUCUUGGCAGAUGAGCCAACGUCUGAGGCCACUAUCCCAGAAACAUCAGGAGGUCCAUUGAAGUCGUGCAGGCAAAAGACUGGAAAAGCAAAAAGAAAAAUUGUCACCACGGAGCAGUCCACAAUAAAUGAAUUAACUGCAGAAAACCUAUCGCUUGACAAUGUCAGGAUUAGGGAGGAGACCAAAAAAAUCAAGCUCCAGAUGGACCUAUUAUUAGAACAAAAAAAUGCACUUAUUUCAGUGAAGGAAAUGGCUGAUGCUGCCAAAAGUUAUUAUUUACAAAGGUCUUCCAUUGAGUUUCAUUCAGGAAAUCCUUUUGUAGAUUCCUUUACUUUUAAUAAAUAAUUCUGCUCAACCAAUUCAUUGGAUAUUUGAAAGUAACAAGCACACUGUUAGAUUGUCUUUGAAACAUUUUAGGCUUGUCCCUGUAUUUUUCAUUGUAUAUUUGAAGGUGAUGUACUUGUUUAAGCUAACUUCUUCAAACUUACUUUUGAGAUCCUACAUCAAUCUUCAAAUAUUUAAAGCUUUGUACAGUCUUGAAUUGCAUGUAUGAUUGGCUUAGGUGACUUUAUUUUUGAUCAAGUCAAAAUGUACUUGUUGUAUUAAGUAAUGCCCUGAAAUUCAUGUGCUAUUAAAGUUUUUAAACCAUAUAUGUUAUGCCACUAAGUUUGAUGAUGACAUUUCAUAUAUAUGUUACACAUCAUUGUUCAUCCAUGUCCAAUGAAAUAUUCUUUGUAAAGUUUGCUGAAGUAAUUAUUUAUUAAGGACAUAAGGUAUGUAGUUUGCUAUAUAGUUUAUACAUAUCAAAUUUAUAAAAUGUAUGGUGCCAUAAAGUCAUCAGACAAUUAAGUUAAGGGUAUUGCUUGUUACUCUUCAAAUAUCCAAUUGCUACACAGUUCUCAUUCAUUUAUAAUUCACAAGGUUCAUCUGGAGUUUGAGAAAGUAUCCUCUUUAUGAUUGACACUGUUAAUUUAUAUUAAUGAUUAUUUUCAUAAUGAUCAUUUUAUAAAUGCAAAUGUAUAUACUUUUUAUUGAUAGCUUUCCCUGUGUUUUGACUGCAUGACUUCAUAUACAUAUAUACAACAAUGACUCUAUGUUUUUUUUUUAGUUGAUAUAUAUCAAAUUCAACUCAUAUUAUUCAUAUGUUAUGAACAUUACAUAUCAGUUAUAUGAAAAAAACCCAGAUGUCUCUGUUUAAUUGGAACUGAUUUUGAUAGUUUGUCAUUUUAUGCAAAGUCUGAAAUGUUAACGGAAUUUACAAAAACAUUUCAUCUGAAUUUAUGGUGAUUUUAUCCAAUAUUUGGACAGUCAAUAAGUGAUUUUGUUCUUUUUUGUCAACAAUGGCAUGGUGAAUUAAUAAGAAUUAAGGUAAUGACUUACGUUCUUGUCGAAAUUUACUUAACAUUGAACAAUAGAUAGUAUCGUUUAUAAAGUAUGAAAGUCUGUCCAUGGAAGUAUGGCUUUCAAUUUUCAUGAGCGUCACUUACCAUUGUUGUUUAUAUUAUCAUUACAAAUGAUUUAGUCAAAAUAAAACACUAAUAUUAGGUUUCAAAUAAUACAGAUCAUUGUCAAAUAUUAUAGAAGUGUACAUUAGAUAUGAUAUCGGUCCUAACUAAAACUGUAUGUGAUGUUUGCAUAUGUAUUGUACUUUCAUUGCUUAAUUGUAGCUAGUUGUAACACUAAGCCCUAUGGAUGAUUUGAAUUACAUGCUUUGUUAAAACUGUGGUGUAUAUAUGAGUGUUAUUCCUCAGCGUUUUAAACUCGACUAUUCGAAGAAUAAGGAGAGCUAUCCUAUUCACCUGAGCGUCGGCGUAACCACUUAUGAUAAAAAAAAUUGUAAUAGUUUGUGUACCACCUCAAAUAUGUGUACACAAGAGGAGGUUACUCUAUCAAGCAUUUUGACAAAAUUAUGCCCCUUUUUCUAAUUAGAAUUUACAUUAAAGUUUUCGUACUAUCUGAAAUAUUUUCAAACUCCAUUGACAUCUAGCUUUGAAACUUUGCAUGCUUGUUCACCAUCAUGCCCGCAACAUGUACACAGGAGGAGGGCCUGUUCAUUUAUGAAAACACUUGUGAUAUGAAGCAUUCCACAUUGUUACUUGUUCAUAGUGGUAAGAUAAU